GCUGCCAAGACGUGACGUGCUCAUUCUGCCUAAGGCGGGCGUGGAGUAGGGUUGUGUCGGUCUGUGCCGCGUUUUAUAUCGCGCUGCUGUGUGCCCAGCAGCACGAAAGGAUCGUUUGCGGGUGGUGCCAGCUUUUAAUCAGGAAAAAUAGCUGUGUUGUGUUUAGGAGCUUUCGGUGUUAGACUGGUUGUUAUUAUGUCAUGUUACAUAAUUAUAGUUGAAAAUUAGGAAGGAAUAGAUCAUAUUCAGCAUGGCUGAUAACGAAGGCUCAUCCGAGCAGGAUGACGUCUCAUUCCUCCGCACGGAGGACAUGGUGUGUCUCUCCUGCAACGCCACAGGCGAGAGGGUCUGCCUUGCCGCCGAAGGCUUCGGCAACCGCACUUGUUUCCUGGAGAACAUCACGGACAAGAACAGCCCGCCAGAUCUGUCGCAGUGCGUGUUUGUGAUCGAACAAGCGCUGUCGGUGCGGGCGCUUCAAGAGCUUGUCACCGCCGCGGCCAAUGAGUCGCAAGAGAGCGAAGGCGCAGGUAAAGGGACAGGGUCGGGACACCGCACGCUGCUCUACGGCAAUGCUGUGCUGCUGCACCACGAGAACUCCAGCAUGUACCUAGCAUGUCUCUCGACGAGCUCGUCCCGCGAUAAGCUGGCGUUCGACGUCGGUCUUCAGGAGCACUCGCAAGGCGAGUCCUGCUGGUGGACCAUCCACCCCGCCAGCAAGCAGCGGUCCGAGGGCGAGAAAGUUCGCGUGGGCGACGACCUCAUCUUAGUGUCGGUUGCUACAGAGCGAUAUUUGCAAGCGACGAAGGAGGACGACCAGAGCAUCGUCAACGCAUCGUUCCACGUCACGCAUUGGUCGGUGGCACCCUUUGGCACCGGCCUCUCCCGCCUCAAGUUUGUGGCGUGCGUGUUUGGAGGCGAGGUGCUGCGGUUCUUCCACGGCGGAGACGAAUGCCUCUCUAUACCGUCCACCUGGUCCGACCAACCCGGGCAGAACAUCGUGGUGUACGAGGGUGGCUCGGUGACAUCACAGGCUCGGUCGUUGUGGCGGCUGGAGCUCGCACGUACCAAGUGGGCGGGCGGCUACAUCAAUUGGUUCCACCCGAUGCGCCUGCGACACAUCACAACCGGCCGAUACCUGGGCAUCAACCAGCAGCAUGAGCUCGUCUUGCUGGAGAGAGACGAGGCGACGCUGGCAGCGACUGCGUUCUACCUGCGCGAGGAGAAGGACGACAACAAAGUAAUCCUCGAGGACAAGGAUCUGGAGGUGAUCGGCACGGCUCUCAUCAAGUAUGGUGACUCGACCGUCAUCGUGCAGCACAUCGAGACCGGACUCUGGCUCUCCUAUAGAGCGUUCGAGAUCAAGAAGAAGGGCGUGGGCAAGGUGGAGGUGAAGCAGGCCAUCCUGCAUGAGGAAGGCAAGAUGGACGACGGCCUGCAGUUCUACAGGAGCCAAGAGGAGGAGAGUAGGACUGCUAGGGUCAUCAGGAAGUGUUCGCACCUCUUCAACAACUUCAUCAAAUGCCUGGAUGAGAUGCAGAGCAGCCGACGCCACUCAGUGCUGCUACGCAACGUCAGCCUCAAGGAGAUGAUCAACUGCCUCGAGGACCUCAUCAACUACUUCGCCUACCCUUCCGAUGAGCUCGUUCACGAGGAGCGUCAAGUGUGCCUGCGCGCCCUACGCAACCGGCAGGAUCUGUUCCAAGAGGAAGGGAUCCUCAUCCUCAUCCUCGACGCCAUCGACAAGAUCACGAUCAUUGCGUCGCAGGGAUACAUGGUCGCCCUCGUGGGCGAGGAGUCCGGCCAAGACUGGGAGAUUAUUUCAGGUUACCUGUACCAACUUCUGGCUGCGGUCAUCAAGGGCAACCACACGAACUGCUCGAUAUUCGCUAACAGCCACCGCCUAAACUGGCUCUUCUCGCGCCUGGGCUCGGCAGGCGAGGGCACAGGCAUGCUUGAUGUGCUGCACUGUGUCCUCAUCGACUCUCCUGAAGCCCUCAACGUCAUGAAGGAGGAGCACAUUAAGGUGAUCAUCGCCCUACUGGAGAAGUACGGUCGGGACCCCAAAGUGCUAGACGUGUUGUGCUCGCUGUGCGUGGGCAACGGCACCGCCGUGCGCUCAUCUCAGAACAACAUUUGCGACUACCUCCUGCCGGGCAGGAACCUUCUCUUCCAGACGCAGCUGGUGGACCAUGUCUCCAGCGUGCGGCCUAACAUCUUCGUCGGACACGUGGAGGACUCAGCGAUGUACCAGAAGUAUUACUUCGAAGUCACCCUGGACCACAUCGAGCAAGUGUCACACCUGUCACCCCACCUGAGGAUUGGGUGGGCCAACACGUGUGGCUACGUCCCGUACCCUGGGGGCGGUGAGAAGUGGGGGGGCAACGGCGUGGGUGACGACCUCUACUCCUUCGGCUUCGAUGGGUGCAAUUUGUGGACGGGUGGGAGAGAGACAACUGUCAAUCCUAUAGAGUCGACUCCAUACAUCAAGAAGGGUGACGUCAUAGGCUGCGCACUGGAUCUGACCGUACCCGUCAUAACGUUCUACGUUAACGGGCGGCAGGUCAACGGAGCGUUCACAGGCUUCAACCUCGACGGGAUGUUCUUCCCUGUGAUCUCCGCUUCUGCUAAACUCAGCGCACGGUUCCUGCUGGGAGGCGAACACGGCCGCCUGAAAUACCCGCCGCCUGAGGCACACUCGCCUGUCAACGAGUGCCUCCUCCCCUACCAGACGCUGUCCAUCGACCCCUGCUUCUACUUCGGCGAGGUUCAUAAGGCCACCGUCGCGGGACCGCUCCUCGUCGAAGAUAACGUCGCCUUCGUCCCGCACCCGCUCGACACCAGCAACAUUAUGUUGCCUGGGUUCAUCGAGCAAGUGAGGGACAAGUUGGCCGAAAACAUCCACGAAAUGUGGGCGAUGAACAAGAUAGAGCAAGGCUGGGGCUACGGGGAGCGGCGUGACGACCUGCGACUUCUGCAUCCCUGCCUGACUUCCUUCGAGCAGCUCCCGCCCUCUGAGAAACGUUAUGAUGCCACCCUCGCUCUACAGACACUCAAGUGGGUCUAACUGGAGACACUUAAUGCCUCAAUGGACAAACCGCCCAGUCGCAUCCGCAGCGUGCGGCUCCCGAACGAUCCCUUCCUGCAGUCCAACGGCUACAAGCCGGCGCCCCUCGACCUCUCGCAGGUGUCGCUGACGAGUAAGCUCGAUGAGCUCGUCGAGCUGCUCGCCGAGAACACGCACAACAUUUGGGCGCGUGAACGCAUCCUGCAGGGCUGGACCUACGGUCUCAACGAGGAUCCUGACCUGCGCAGGUCACCACACCUGGUGACCUACUCACAUGUCGACGACAUUAUCAAGAAGGCCAACCGAGACACUGCGUCAGAGACCGUGCGCACCCUCCUCGUGUAUGGCUAUAUCCUCGAGCCGCCCUCUGGAGAGGCUACUGAAGGCGCUGAGGACCAGAAGAAGGGCAAGCGUGUAGAGUACCGCACCUACCGCCUGGAGAAGACCAACGCCGUGUCCAGCGGCAAGUGGUACUUCGAGAUGGAGGUGCUCACGGCAGGGCCGAUGCGGGUCGGCUGGGCCGGCACCAACUGUCCGCCUGGCAACGAGCUGGGCGCUGACGACAAGAGCUGGGCCUUUGAUGGACACUAUGAGGAGAAGUGUUACGCUGGCACAGCCGAGGCGUACGGUCAUCGGUGGGCCGUGGGCGACGUGGUUGGAGUUUGUCUAGAUCUCGUCGACAAAACCAUCAGUUUCUCCCUGAACGGUGAGCUCAUGAUGGACGCCAGCGGGUCCGAGACCGCCUUCAGUGACGUGCAAGGCGACGCUUUCGUGCCGGCCUGCACGCUGGGCGUCGGGCAGAAGGCUAAGUUCGCGUUCGGCCAGGACAUAACGCAACUCAGAUACUUCACCACCUACGGUCUGCAGGAGGGAUAUGAGCCUUUCUGUCCGACGUUCGAGAACAACGACGACAUCCUGGACUCUGCGGUGGAGGUGACGCGCAUCCCUGCAGGGUCCGACACGCCGCCCUGCCUCAAGAUCUCCUCCAAGAUGUUCGAGGCGUGUGAGAGAGCCAACUGGGAGUUCCUCAGGAUGUCCCUGCCUGUGGUCUGCUGUUCCGAGUUCAUCGACGAGGAGGAGAAGGAGCGUCGCUGGAACACGAUACGCAUCAGGCAGCACAGGAUCGUGCCGUCCGAGGCAGCGCAAAGCUCCUUGGCGCAGCCUGACAUGCACUCUUCGCUACUUGACUCUGGCUUCUCCAUGUCCGAUAUUAAAGACUUGCACCGAAGUUACCCCGAAGAAGGCGCAGAGGCAGACGAGAUGCUAAGCACCACCGGCAGCAAGACGGACGUCCCACUGGGCAAACGCGGCAAGCUCGGCAAAACGGGCAGCUUUGACGUCGGUGACGGCGGUGCUGAUGGCGAGCCUGGAAAAAUGCCGAAAGCGUCGAGCGAGAUGAACAUCGUCAGUAAGGGUCAGAACGCCGACACCGGCGAGAGAAAAAAGCGCGGCAAAUCUCCCUUCAGGUUCUUCAAGAAACGCGACCAGAGCGGUGAAGGUAGAAGCAAAGGACGUGUGACUGAGACUGGCACUCUCGACGUCCCAGGAGGAAAGAAAAGACAAACGUCCGUCCGCCUCGCCGGCGCUACCGACACUAAGCUCAUUCCGCCCUCCAUACCCGAGCGCGCCGGCGAAGGCCAUCAAGGCCAGCUGUUCGACGCCGAGUGUCUGAAGCUCAUCAACGAAUAUUUCUACGGCGUGCGCAUCUUCCCUGGUCAAGACCCGGCGCACGUGUACAUUGGCUGGGUCACGACCCAGUACCACAUACACGACACGGCCUUCGACCAGAGCAAAGUGCGCAGCGUGAUCGUGCAGGAGUACACGGAGGACGGCGACGUCAAAUCUGCCAUCGAGCGGCACAGCUGCUACAUGUUCCGUGCCGACGAACUCUUCUCUGAGGUGACGUCAGACGCGAGCGGCAAAGGCUCAUCACAAGGCAUGUUCAUCGGAUGCUUCAUUGACACAAGCACGGGCUUUAUCUCACUGCAGUGUGAGGGCAAGGCAACCCGCCACAAGUACCGCAUGGAGCCUGGCAUUAAGCUCUUCCCAGCCGUGUUCGUCGAGCCCACCAGCAAGGAGGUACUGCAAAUCGAGCUUGGUCGCACCCAGACAACUCUGCCGCUGAGCGCUGCGGUGUUGCAGAACAGCGAAAAACAUGUGGUACCACAAAUGCCACCGAGACUACGUCUUCAGGUACUGCAGCCUUACCAGUGGUGCAGGGUGCCCAACACUUCGCUCAGGAUACAUGCUCUCAAGCUCUCCGAUAUCAGAGGCUGGUCGAUGCUGGCUGAGGACUCGGUUCCUAUGCUUGCUCUCAACAUCCCUGAAGAGGAUCGGUCCAUUGACAUCCUGGAGCUCAUAGAGAACGAGAAGCUGCUCAACUUUCACUCCUACACCCUCGCUCUGUACUGUGCUAUGUGCUUCCAGAGCAACUACAGAGCUGCCCACACGCUCUGCCACCAUGUGGGACAGAACCAGCUGCUCUAUGCCAUCCAGUGUCCCUACAUGUCAGGUCCUUUGAGAAUGGGCUUCUACAAUCUCCUCAUCGCCCUCCACUUGGAGAGCUUCGCGUCGACAAUGGAGGUGACCCAGAACGAGUUCAUCGUGCCGCUCAGCAACGACCUCAAGGACCUGUACGCGGACCCCGCCAUGGGCAACUCCAUGUCUGCCACGCGCACCGAGAGUGUCCGGCCCAUCAUGGUCAUGUGUGACAUACAGGACAACAUAGACACCAUCAAGGGUCUGUCAUCCCCCGACUUCCCCCUGGACGAGGUGCGGGAGUUUGUCAUGCAGGCGCUGUCUGAUGCCGUCAAGUCCAACCAAGUGGCCAACCGCGACCCCAUCGGCGGCUCCAACGAAAACUUAUUUGUGCCGCUGCUGAAACUAGUGGACAAUCUCCUGCUGGUGGGCUGCAUGCAGGAUGACGACCUCUGCAAGCUCCUCAUCAUGAUAGAUCCUGAGACCUGGGAUCCUGACUUCGACAAAGAAGGCGCAGACGAGAACCGCAAAGGGCUGCUUAACAUGGACAUCGCUGAGGGGGUGAAGCUGCAACUCUGCUGUGUCCUGCAUCAUCUCAUGGACCUGCAGCUCCGGCACAGAGUAGAAUCAAUCAUCACCUACGCUCAAGACUACGUAGGCGAGAUUCAGGCCGAUCAGCUUCGUCGCUACAUCGAAAUCAAACAGUCCGACCUGCCGUCCGCCGUGGCAGCCAAGAAAACAAAAGAAUUCCGUUGUCCUCCACGGGAGCAGAUGAAUGCUAUCUUGGCGUUCAAGAACCUCUCUGAAGAGGAGCUCGAAGAGGCGCCGUGUGGUGAAGACCUCAAGACCAAACUACUCGCCUUCCACGCGCAUCUCAUGGAGAAGACUAAGAUCCCUGGCGGCAAAGGAGACGAUGGAUGCUCUAAGGAUGCUGACUCCGAGAAGCCGAGUGUUUUCUCGCGGAUGUUGAGCUUCCUGAAGGCAGCGAAAGAAGAAGAAGUCCCUGCCGAAGAGGCGGAGGCCGAGAGCAACGACCCGGCCGACAAGCUGAAGAAAGUUCUGGUGAACACAAUCGUGCGCUGGGCCAGCGAGACCUUCAUUGAGAACCCCAUACUGAUCCGGGAGAUGUUCAGCCUGCUGCUGCGUCAGUACAACGCCGUGGGCGAGCUCAUGCUUGCUCUGGCCAAGACGUACGCCAUCAGCAGCAUGACCAAACGCGACGUAACUUUCAUGUGGCAGUGCUUGAGUAAAAUCAGGGCGUUGCUACCCGUACAAAUGUCGCAGGAGGAGGAGGAACUCAUGAGGCAGCUUCUAUGGCGUUUAGUGAACAACCACAUCUUCUUCCAACACCCCGACCUGAUCCGCAUCCUGCGGGUGCACGAGAACGUCAUGGCGGUGAUGAUGAAUAUGUUGGGGCGACGUGCCCAGGCCCAGAACGAGACCCAGGUCGCCGAGGGCGCCGCCGCUGCUGCCGAGGCUGUGGGCGCCAGCAAGGAGAAG